CCGGCCGGCAUCGUCCACAGGCUUUAUCCAAAUCCCUUCCUACUUAAGUACGCGAGCUUGAAAUACUUGUUUCAUGUAAUUCAAACCAUUAUUUGACGAUCUCCAGUCCCACCAUGGCGGCCGAUGGCAUCACCAACAGAACAACAUCCCUCUGCUUCACCAAGUUUCAAAAUGUCAUUGAUGGGAAGCUAGUCGGCACUGAGAAGACGCGAUGCAGCGUCAACCCUUCAACCCUCAAAGAUCUUCCUCCAGUGCCUGUCAGUACACCCGCCGAUGUAGACAGAGCUGUUGAGGUAGCCAAGAAAGCGCAGGAAUCAUGGGCCGAAGUGCCAUGGACAGAGCGUCGGAAGGCCAUCCAUGCCUUUGCAGCUGCUUUGGAAUCUCAAAUAGACGACUUCAGCCAGAUGCUCACCAAAGAGCAAGGCAAGCCGCUCGGAUUUGCCAAUUUCGAAAUGCAAAUAACUCUCAACUGCCUUCGCGAAUUAGCAAAUUUUCCAGAGACUGAGGAGACCAUCGAGGAAACCGAUGACAAAAAGGUCAUCGCCCGGUACAUCCCACUGGGCGUCGUAGUCGGCAUAGUCCCCUGGAACUUUCCCAUCCAAUUAGCUAGCGUCAAGCUCGCCUCCGCCCUCAUCACGGGCAAUACCUUCAUCCUCAAAUCCUCUCCCUUCACUCCCUACUGCAGCCUCAAAAUGGCCGAACUAGCCAUACCCUUCUUUCCUCCGGGAGUCUUCCAGUGUCUAAGCGGCGAUGAUGACCUCGGGCCCUGGCUUACCGCUCACCCUGGGGUGAACAAGGUCACGUUCACCGGCUCUAUCGCGACGGGGAAGCGCGUGAUGGAGAGCUGCAGCAAGACACUGAAAAGAGUAACUCUCGAGCUGGGCGGGAACGACCCGGCGAUCGUGUGCUCCGAUGUCGAUGUAGUCGAGGUAGCGCCUGAGAUCGCGGGUUUGGCACUGAUAAAUAGUGGACAGGUGUGUUGCGCGAUCAAGCGGGUGUUUGUGCACGAGUCGAUUUACGAGGCAUUGCUGAAGGCUAUGGUGGAGUAUGCUAAGGGGUUGAAUGUCGGGGAUGGGUUUCAGGAGGGGGUUUGGCUUGGUCCGGUCAAUAAUAGGCUGCAGUAUGACAGAGUGAAGAAUCUGCUGGAGGAUAUUGAGAGGACGAGGCUUACGGUUGCGCUCGGAAGCACCAAGGUAUCAACUAUGGGGAAUGGAUACUUUAUCACGCCUACCAUCAUCGACAAUCCGCCAGAUAACUCAAGGAUUGUGGUAGAGGAGCCUUUCGGCCCCGUCUUCCCAGUUCUCAAGUGGUCAGAUGAAGCCGAAGUCAUCAAGCGGGCAAAUGACUCAGAUAUGGGACUGGGUGCCUCUGUAUGGACUAAAGACCUGGUUCAAGCUGAGCGUAUCGCUAGGAAGCUUCAAGUGGGAAGUGUUUGGAUAAAUAAUCAUAUGGCUGGUCAAGCAAACGCGCCCUUCGGAGGUCACAAGCAGAGUGGCGUCGGGGUCGAGUACGGCGAGGCUGGAUUGAAGGGGUAUUGUGACGUGCAGACAUUGUUCCUGAAGAAGUAGGUUCAAAUAGAGCAUGAGACUAACUUGGAAUAGAGUUAACUAUAAAUAUUGUAUAUAUUUAUUUCUUAU